CGGUUUCAAAUAUUUGUAUCACAACAUUCCAUAUAACAAUGUCUUUAGGGUACUUAUAUGGCUUUCGACUUUCUGUGAUCAACCCUCAAACCCCCAAGCUCCCUGCACCGGCUCACCAUGAGUAGAAACAAAGAAAAGGUUAGCGGUAUUUUUCGACGUCUUUUUCGGUCUGCAACUAGAGAAGGAGAAGGCCCAAGCAAAGCCGGAGCUAACGGUGGGGCGGGUUCACCUGCACGUCACAGGCUGCUGAGAGGCUGCAGGGAUGCUGUAGCUCCAGCUGCUCCAGGACCAGCAGGCGCAGCAAGUCCCGCUUUUAAAGGCAAACGGGACGAAGCACAAAAUAAGACUGUUAGAGCUAGGAGGUUAAUGAAAGAGCUAAGGGAUCUGCAACGGUUACAAAAUUCCAAGCCAGAUCCCGUAUUCACGGUAGAACUAGUCGACGACAACCUCUUCGAAUGGCACGUGAAACUGCUCAAAGUUGACAGUGAUAGCGACCUAGGUGGUGAUAUGCGAGACCUAGGAAUAUCCCACAUCCUACUUCAUCUUGUUUUCCCAGAAAAUUUCCCUUUCGCGCCACCUUUCAUGCGAGUUAUAUCGCCUAGGAUAGAAAAAGGUUUCGUCAUGGAAGGUGGAGCUAUCUGUAUGGAACUACUCACACCCAGAGGCUGGGCCAGCGCCUACACCGUAGAAGCCGUGAUAAUGCAAUUCGCAGCUAGCGUGGUGAAAGGCCAGGGGCGGAUACAAAGGAAAAACAAAGGACAAAAGGUGUUUAACAGACGUACAGCCGAGGAAAGCUUCAGAUCCCUGGUAAAAACGCAUGACAAGUUCGGAUGGGUGACGCCCAGCUUAGCGGACGGCUAGUGGAGGGCUAAUAUGAAUUGAAGACACAAGUAGAUAAAGGUGUCGUGUAACAAAAUCAUUUUUUAUUGGGAUUUCUUACUUUAUUGACAUUUUAAAAAAAUAUUUAAGUUAGUUUGUUAUUAUCUUGUGUUCGCUACAAAGUAAUCACAGAAUGAAGGUUAGUUUAAUGCAAAAAAGCAAUAAAUAAAUGUUACAUGACACCUUUAUCCACAUCUGUUUUCAAUUGUUUAGGUACAAUUAUGUUCAAAAGGUAUCUCCACUUUAAUUUCGAAUAUUGUUAGCGCAUUCACCGAUUUUUGUAGUGUACACAUCCACCAUAAUUACAAGUACUCCUAAAUGGUGGAAUACAGUGGACCUC